AUGCAACAAGCAUAUGUUAUUUUAUUGUUAUUCUACAUUAUCUAUUUUGUCAAUGGUCACGGUUAUAGCUCUAACGGUCGACGUUGUGCUUCAUUAAAAAGCAAAACUUAUCAAUUAUCAAUCACAUUACCCGAUUUAGACCCAUUUUAUGCUACAUUAAAUUUUCAAGAUAAUUAUAAAGUUACCGACUAUUAUAAUAUAGGACAUGGUGGUAGUUUAGCUGAACUUGGAGUUGAUUUGACAUUUGAUACUCAUGUAGGAUACUAUGCUUGUCAUGGUCGAGAUUAUGUUCAUGCAACUACUGCUGGUUGGGUAUAUAAAACUGCUGGUGUACCAUCAUUAGAAGACAAUGGUGCUACUGCUGUUCUUAAUUAUAAAUUAUAUUUUUCUAGAGAUUACGAAACAUGUACUGGCACAUUGGAUUAUUCAUUUUAUAAAACUGGAUCAGAUCCAUUUGCAAGAAAGAAUAAACCAACUUCAAUUGCACCUGAGGGUGAUAUUACUUGUAAAUUAUUGAAAUAUCGAUUUUCAGAUCAUUAA